AUGAGUAAUGUUGCACCAAAAAGCGAUACACUCGCAGAUGUCCAGUCGGACGCUGCGCUGCAGAGCAGCGCCGAGAACGCAUCGAGUCCGGACAUGAUCCGGGAGGCUGCUACGGCGAACGCCGGAACUCGAGCAUCUACCUCAGGCACAAAUGCUCAGCCGACAAGGCGAGCGGCACCCCGAACCCCACCUCGCAUGGCAAGCCCAGCGAAAACCAAGCCAAGCACCUCUCCUCAGCAGCUCCGGCGGGUAGUUAGCCAUGUAUGGCACUCUCGUUCAGUAAGUCCGGUUCAGCGCUUGAUUCCGGGACCAGGCCACCCUGACUUGGGCUCUCAAAUCGAUUGUGCCGCCCAUCAGUCUCCUGCUGGCGAGCACGAGAAAGGAGACGGCCACAAUGGUAUUACCCAAAGAGCAAGAUCAACUAGCCCUCGGGAAGCAUCUCGAGACCCUACCCUGUCUCGGCCGCUUGCCGAGCGGUCACGCUCGCACCUCGAUCAGCACUCUGCUGGGAUGCGAAGAAGCCCUUCGAAGAGUACCACGAGUGAGGAAGAAGGUGCAAUCGACGAGAAUGAAGUGAGUUAUUCUUCAGAUCCGGGUUGUCCGGUUGUCGUUGCGAAGCUCCUCCUAACCGGCUCAACCCAACUAGCACGCUCAGCCUGCGUCCCAGCCCGCCCCGACUCACGCUUCGCAUCGACAAUCGGUCGGCGGCGAGCGCAGUCAAGAUUCACAGAGUGGUAACAGCUGGGUGCAGGGGUCUCGGGAUGACUCGUGGGGGUCGCACACCGGCUCCUAUGCGGCUAUCCGAAGGGAGUCCCGCGAUCGGUACUCGCCGGUGAGCUCUCAACCUGCGCCUCCACGCAGACCGCCGCGCACAAGCGAUACUUAUAGACCGGGAAAGUUGAGCGGGCGCUCAGCGGGCCUGCGUAUCGACAGUUCCAGAAGAGAUCCUUACGAUGAUUGGGAGCGCGAUCGCCUUCGCGAACGGGAGUGGGAUCGGGAUCGGGAGAGGGACUGGGAGCGAGACAGAGACAGAGACAGGGAAUGGUCGCGAUCCAGCAUUCGACAUCGUGAACACCGCGAUUCUCUGUCUGCGCUAGAGGAGCGAGACCGUUUGCGAGAGCGGGAUAGGGACCGCUGGGGAGGGCUCAGCGAUCGGUCUGCUGCUCUGCACUCACCAUCGACCUCGACAAGAGCUUAUCCGAAUCCCAAUGCUGUGUCUGCUGGCGGGAUGGGUAAGCCUGCCAUGCGGUCCUGGGGGUCUGGUUCCGUGGCGUCUGGCGCUCGCUCAGAUCCGUCAUCACCCACCACGCCACGACGAGCCGAGCGAGACUCGCAAGGCACGUACAAGCACACCAGCGAUGGCCGGACCCAUGAAAGAGACGGCGCAAGCACCCGCGAGCGAGACCGCGAAUCUCUCUCCCGAACAGGAGGGUCACGGACCACCUCGGAGCAGCCGGAAGUCCUCACCCCUUCGGCCGCAGAUUCUCAAUCACAAGCUGUUUCGCGCGAAGCGCCAGACAUGACCCGGCGAACACCUCCGCGAACAAUCAAGCGGGAAGUCGAGACCCCUUCGCGCCAUCUGCGUGCUGAAGAUUCGGCACAGAGUCAGGAUGCACGAGUCAACAUAGCGGGUGUCUCGUCGCAGGAUGUCGGCGAGCAAGACCGCCACAUACCACCACCAGCAGUUCGACCCAAAGCGCAAUCAUCUGACACUGAGGGACAUGCAGCAUCUGGCGGCCAAACGGGCAGUCAGACAGAUGCGAGGCAGCUUGAGCAACUGCCCGAGAGCCUGGGCGUCCCUGUCGAGUCUUCAACGCAAGGAUCACGCGAUGCUAAGAGCGCGGAGGCAGCAGCGGAGCAGAGGCCCAUGGCUCAGAAAUCGGACGAAGCAAAGCCCAUCACAAGCACUAUCACGACCGAGCCUCCUCAUCGCGGCGUCACACCAGCGCUGCUUGAGUCGUCUAGCUCAGUGGUGUCCUUGCCUGUCGAGGCAGGGAAUCCCGAGACGUCCACUUCCACUGAGGCUUCCAAAGACAAGGAUUUGCAGCUAUCAGCCAUUAGCGCACUCUCUCAACAGCUUCUGCGCACUUCGGAAAAAGCUCUCGCUUCGCCAGACGUGCCGACGCCUGCUCUUUCUGCUGGCUCCAAUCUACCCGCUGCAGCGCCGACCGAAGCCGAAACACCGACUCCGCUGAAACAAGCUGUGGCUGCGCCAGCCAGCGGUCCAACUGCAGCAGAGGAUCUUGCUGCCAUGGCCAGGUACACGCAGCAAGAAAACAUCGACCAGCGAAUCACGACACGGCAAAUUGCUUUGGACACUCCUCUGCCUCGUGAUGUCCAGACCGCUCCCGACGUCAAACCCGAGACAGACGACGCCAUGGAUGUUGAUGCCCCGACAAUUCCAGCAGCCGUUGCUGCUCCAAUCGAGGAACAGAGCGAAAGAGCUCAGGUCGUAGACACUCCGGUAACGCAGGUGCCUUCCGCUGGCGGCGUCUCACUUGCAGCUCAGAUCGCCGCUGCCGAAGAGAAAGCGCCGGUCAGUGAAGGCACCGCCACGGUGUCGGCCGCAGAGCUGACCAGUGAGGCUGCACGAGAGGACGCAGGCAUGUUUCGAGACGUAGACAUGGUCGAUGACUCAAAUCUGAAACCCAGCGAGCGCGGAGAGGUCUCCCUUCACCUCAACAUACAUCCCCCAGAUUCGAGCAUUGCAACAGACGUCCAAAGUCUUCCCCUGCUGACCCCACGGACGCAAAGAGCUCGAGAGGAGAUCAUCAAGGAGACACGCAUGCACUUGUUUGGUUUGUUCAAGCCAGAUGAGGCUUGGAUCACCAGCAUGGAGCGCAGCAACAAGAGGCUCGCCUCCCAGACGACGAAAAGCGUAAUCAAAUCUGCGGUGUAUGGCGCUCCCCGCGAGAUGAAGCAGGACCAAUGGAUGGACGAGCAGGACCCAGAGGCAGAGAGGACACGCGCAAGAUUGAUGACGCAACUGCUUAGCAAGAAGCGACGUUUCAUUGCAAAACUCGAGGGUCUACGGCAACAGUACAAGGCUCUAGAUGACGACUGGCAGAGGCAUUGCGCACGACUGAACCGCCUCGCAGAGUCGCGCGAAGUCAGCCGUCGUCCAAUGAUGCAAAUGUCUACCAGCACCCCGGUCGUGGGCUCUGCUGCGCCGAGCGCUGCAGCGGGCGCGGAGGACUCCAGUGCCGCUCUCCUGACACCGAUGGCACUCGGCGCCGCGGUCGGCCGUGCGAAUCGGCGCAGCAAUCAGGGUGCCUUUCCCGGUUUCGGUGAUGCUGUCCGCUCCGAAGCAGAAUUUCUGGAAAUUUUGGCGUCGUUGGAGAGCGCCGACAUGCAAGACCCAAAUAUGCGGGCUGCGCGGACCACAGCCACCGCCCCUGACAUGCUCAUCGAUCCGGACAGUCACCUGCGCGCACCGCAAAGCGCGGCUCCCUUGCGACUUGAAAGCGACUUUGAUGACGAUAAUGGAUUCGUAAAGGAUCCCGUCGCAUUUUUCUUGUCAGACUUUGAUCCAGACUUUUGGUCCGAGGAGGAGAAAAUUACGUUCGAGAAGCGCUACCUCCUUUUUCCCAAGCAAUUUGGAAAGAUCGCUGCGGCGCUGCCAGACAAGACACCUUCUCAGUGUGUGCGCUACUACUACCUCACAAAGAAGCUGCCAGGACACGAGUACAAAGCGAUGAGUGCUGCCAGAAAUAGGGAGCGAAAACGAAAGGCAAAGUUCAAGCCAAGGAAAGCUAAGGGCAGCGCUCUCAUGGCGGACCUCAAGUCGGCAGCAGGCGAUGAGUUGGAGGAGGAGGAUGCCGGUGCCUCGCCGCUCGAUACGCAAGACCUCGGAAGGAGAAGGUCAAGGAUGCUGACCAGCUCGAUGGACAAGCAAAUUUCGACUAUCGCAGAGGAGGACGAAGACAGUGCUAGUCGCAAGAGAGUUAAUGAGGAAGAUGGUCAGGGCAGCGCCGUGGAGCGAGAGGAGAAGCGAGGCCGGAAAGGCGCCAAAAGAGGGCGCAAACCCGGCAAAAGCUCUGUCAACGCUUCAGCAGCGCUUGUUGCCACUCCAAACUCGGAGACUGCUGAGGAUUCGUUGCUCGGCAUCGCUGCAGACCCUGUGACGCUGGGCGAAGGCUUGGCUGCAGCAGCUUCCGCGACGAAAGCAAAGAAGCGGCGCACAAAGACUCAAAUAAGCGGCGUCGGUUCUGGUACGCCAGGAACCCCGACGGAGACCACUGGUCCGGCGUUGCCGCUUGACGAGGCGACCAAGCGCGCCAGGCAGCCCACAUCAUCGUACUGGUCAGUGGCAGAGCGCAACGAGUUUCUUCGAUCGCUGGCCAUCAAGGGCAAGGAUUGGGAUGCAGUUGCGGAGGGUCUAAGCAACAAGUCUGCUGCUCAAGCCCGCAACUUUUUCCAGAGAAACUCGGUCGAAGCCGAUUUUGCUGAAGCCGCCGCUAUUGCAGAGCAAAAUGCCGAUCUCCCACUGCAAGCGAGGGAAGAAGCGGCCAAUGUCUUGGCUUUACGACGCAAGGGAGCAGAGGCUGACGCGCCGAAAGGGGGAACAUUUUCUGGACCAGGCGGCAUGUCUCUUGACUCGUCUGUGGACGCAGGACCUCGCGGACUGCGCAUCAACAGCCUACUGAAUGACGAACCAUCCGAUCGAAGCUCGCCAAGCACGAGUCGGCGUCCCUCAGUACCUGAUUGGUUCAGAAGCACUCAAGAGGGAAAUGGCGAGCAACACUUGCCGCACGACACCGACGCGCAGGAGAGACUUAGGUCCAGCGCAAGCGGUGUUGGUGGUCCUCGCCAAUCUGCGCACGAAACGCCUAUCUACGUGCACCAACAACAGCAGUGGGAAAGGACCCCGCUUGCGUCACGAGCAGAGGCGCCCAACACGACUUUCGAUGCUGGAGAGCGCGUCCAAGGUCCUCUUAGCAUGCAUUUCAAUCAUCAGAACGAUCCGGCAGCGCAUUCCGACAUUUACUCGAGGCACAGCCCACUGCCAUCGCCUGCUGUCCAGCGCUCAAGCGCGAUGCCGCCCCCGUCGUCGUACACUUCGUCUUCGAGCCAGCGUCCGGGCAAUCCAUAUGCAGCGAAUUCGCGCGCCCCUCGACCGUACGACCAAGAGUCGAGCUUCCAGCGAAGCUCCACCAUGAGCGAUAUCAGAGCCUCUCAUCUUGCUGAGCGCCCUUCUGUAAGAUCCUCGCUCUUGCAAGAGUCAGGAAGCCGCAGCGGCUUCUUGCACAACCGAGAAGUGGAGCAAUCCCAACCUGUGCGUCCGGAACUGCAGCAUCACAGUCUGAGCGAGGGUCGCCUCGGCCCGGGGUCUCAAAGCACAAGUUCUGUCAGCGCAUACGGCCGAUCACCCUCUGCAAAUUCGUACAGCGCAUCGCCGAGUGCGCAGAGACCUUUGUCGGUCGCGGGAUGGCACGAUGCGACAGCAGGGGGAUCACACGCGUACGAUAGACGGGAUGAGCGCUCGCGACUACCAGCUCGAGAAGAGUACGGACGCGGAGAUGUGAGACCGCAGUCGUGGUCUUCAUCCAUCCUGAAUCCACAGACGAGACCCACCUCGGACCUGCGACACGAUUCUGCAUCGCCAUAUGCCUCUCACUCGCCGGCCAUCAGAGAAGCAGCGCCUGUCAGCCAUCGCUCAAUGUCUGCUUCGCCAGCUUACUUGCAGCCUCACAGCGCGUACAGCGCCAGCAAUGCUGCUGGUGCCUCAUCUGCCAACAGUGUGCACCGCGCACCCUCGCCGCUCAGCCGACCGCUGAGUGCGCACGACUCCCGCCCGAUUCCUGCCGCCCCGUUAUCAACGCGGCAAUCCCCCACGAUGUCGACCGCAGGGGCUUACGCGUAUCCUACUCAGCAACAACGGGGCGAGAUGCACCGCUCGUCACCUCAAUUGCUACAUCCAGAAGCUCGCCUGGAACGACCGACACUUCCUUCGCCGUCCGGCAUGCCUCAUGCGCAAAGGGGCCCUCCCGGCUCACAGCAGUAUACGCAUUCCUAUCGUCCUCCCUCCUCUCGUCGAUAA